GUGGUAUCAAUUUGCCCAUUUAUUUUAACUCUCAAUAUGGUGGAUACAACCAUGUCAGUCAAAGAGGCUGCUCUUAUGCAGAUACCUGAUCUACUCUCUCGACUGGGGACUAGUAGGGAGACGGGAUUAUCUGAUACUGAUGUUGAGCUCAGGAGGAGACAGUAUGGACUCAAUGAGAUGCAAAUACACGAAGAGGAGCCCCUGCUAGUAAAAUACAUUGGACAAUUCAAAGAUCCAAUGAUUCUACUGCUUCUUGCAUCGGCUCUCAUUAGUUUAAUAACACGGGAAUUUGAUGAUGCACUUAGCAUUACAGUGGCAAUUCUUAUUGUAGUCACUGUAGGAUUUGUACAGGAGUACAGGUCAGAGAAAUCUCUCCAAGCUCUCACACAACUUAUACCUCCAAAAUGCAACUGCAUAAGGAAUGGAGUUAUGCAAGAGAUGCUAGCGAGAUACCUUGUACCAGGAGACAUAGUGUACAUUAGUGUAGGUGACAGGGUCCCUGCCGAUAUCAGACUAAUUGAAAGUGUUGAGCUUGAGAUUGAUGAGAGCAGUUUCACGGGAGAGACGACUCACUUUCAAAAGCAGUCCCAAGUGAUAGAGGACCCGGACUCACUCCUACUCAAUAAUAUAUCCUUCAUGGGAACCUUUGUGUGUUCCGGACAUGGAAAGGGGGUAGUUGUGAGCGUGGGGGAGAACUCUGAGUUUGGUCAGGUGUUUAAGAUGAUGCAAUCGGAAGAGGCACCAAAGACUCCGCUGCAGAAGAGCAUGGAUUCACUAGGAAAGCAACUUUCAUUUUAUUCAUUGUGUAUCAUUGGAUGCAUACUACUAGUGGGUUGGAUUCAAGGGAGAAACAUUCUUAAUAUUUUCACUAUUGGAGUUAGUCUUGCUGUUGCAGCUAUCCCCGAGGGCCUGCCUAUUGUAGUGACAGUCACACUAGCACUUGGAGUCAUCAGGAUGGCCAAUAAGAAUGCGAUUGUUAAGAAACUACCAGUCGUUGAGACAUUGGGCUGUGUUGAUGUCAUAUGUUCAGACAAGACUGGGACUCUGACUCAAAACAAGAUGGAGGUUACUCAAAUAUACACUGAUAGGCGUCGGUCUGCUCAAGUGCUGGACGAUGAUGUGGUGUGUGAAGGAGAGAGUGUGACGUGUGAUGCUCAUAAAGACAUCUUUGAGACAAUUGAAAUUGGCUGUAUCUGUAACAAUGCCCAGUUUAGAGACAAUACUUUUAAAGGCCAACCAACAGAAACUGCUCUCCUCUCGCUUGGAAGCAAACUAAAUUUAUUUAAUUUGCGUGAUGAGUUUCAUCGUGUGGACGAGAGAUCCUUCAGUUCAGAACAGAAAUGGAUGGCUGUUCAUGUGCAAAGGAAAUGUCCUAUGAUUGACAACGAUAAUGAAGGGGUGUGGUUUAUGAAAGGUGCCUUGAGUGUGGUACUUAGACACUGUACAGUUAUAGGGCAAAACCAUGCCCCCUUUACGACUAAAGAGAAAGCUCAUUUUGAGGGUGUGUCAGCAGAAAUGGGCCACCAGGGAUUAAGAGUUAUUGCUUUUGCCAGAGGGCGGAGUUUGAUGGGAAUGAGAUUCAUUGGUCUCAUGGGCUUAUGUGAUUUACCAAGAGUGGGUGUGGCCUCGGCCGUAUCGGAAUUAAUGAGAGGGGGCGUAGAGGUUAAAAUGAUUACUGGAGAUGCACUUGAGACAGCUGUAUCGAUUGCUGAGAGUCUAGGAAUAUACACUCCGGGAUCUCUUAGUCUCUCUGGAGCUGAGCUAGAUCAGUUGGGGUCCUCUCCAGAGGAACUGGCAUCUUCAGUUGAUAGGACGAGUGUUUUCUAUCGUGUGACGCCAAAACACAAAGUCACCAUUGUCAAAGCCCUACAGCAUAAGAACAGGAUAGUUGGUAUGACUGGUGAUGGCACUAAUGAUGCUGUUGCUCUCAAGAGGGCGGAGAUUGGCAUUGCCAUGGGAACUGCCGGGACUGACGUAUGCAAAGAGGCAGCUGAUAUGAUUUUAACUGAUGAUAAUUUCUCAACUAUUUUGUCUGCUGUAGAGGAAGGGAAAGGGAUUUAUUACAACAUUAGGAACUUUGUACGCUUUCAAUUAAGCACGAGUGUUGCUGCUCUGUCUCUCGUUUCUCUAUCCACUUUAUUUGGUUUACCGAAUCCACUGAAUGCCAUGCAGAUCUUAUGGAUUAACAUAAUAAUGGAUGGACCCCCUGCACAGAGUCUUGGCGUUGAGCCAGUUGAUAGAGAUGUUAUGAAACAGCCUCCGAGGAAAGCCUCUGAUCAAAUGAUAUCUUUCUCGUUGCUGGCAAGAGUUUUAAUCUCAGCUGUUAUCAUACUGUUGGGAACAUUCUGGAUAUUCUGGAGAGAAUUUCAAGACGAGAUUGUUACUCCUCGUGAUACAACAAUGACUUUCACUUGUUUUGUAUUGUUUGACAUGUUCAAUGCUCUUAGCUGCAGAUCAAUGACAAAAUCAGUCGUAUCACUUGGACUGUUCUCAAACAGGGCACUCUCUUACUCUAUUGGAGGCUGUCUCCUCUGUCAACUUUUAGUGAUCUAUUUUGGUCCAUUGCAGUCGAUAUUUCAAACAGAGUCCCUCUCCUUUUCAGAUAUUAUGUUACUCCUUUGUCUCUGCUCAUCCGUCCUUAUUGUUGAUGAGGUCUACAAGGCUUGCUAUAGAAGAUGGGGUAGUAGUAUUAAAUCUCAAAUACAUGCUAGUAGAACUUCUAGGGUACAGGUUGUCUGAGCAAAAUUAUAUGAAUUCAGCAUGCAAUAGAUAAUCAAAUUACAUUUUUCAUUUCUGAUAAUUUUUAAUGAGUUUAUCAUCAUCAUUAUGGUUAUGUUUAUAUAAUUUUUGUGUGUGUUUAUUUGGUUUUACUGAGAUGCAUAUUUCUAAUGUAAAUCGUUGGACACUGAAAAAA